GGUUAAACAAAGUAGAUAAAAGUUUGGGAAUGGCGUCUCCUCGUUUCUUCUUCGUUUUCUUCCUCUCCACUUCUCUGCACUUCUUGUUGUCAAUAUCUCCAUGUCAUGCUCAAAACGUCACUCUUUCUCUUUACUACGAAACUCUCUGCCCUUACUGUGCAGACUUCAUAGCCAACCAUCUGGUAAAGGUCUUUGACAAGGGUCUCAUUUCCAUCGUCAACCUCAGGCUGGUUCCAUGGGGCAACGCUGUUAUGCAACGUGACGGUAGCUUCGUUUGCCAGCAUGGGCCAGAUGAAUGCGUCCUGAAUGCUAUUGAUGCCUGCACCAUCACAAUAUAUCCUCAAGUGGAGCGGCAUUUCAGAUUUAUUCUCUGCGUGGAGCGUCUGGCCUUGGAGAACAAGCAGAACGAGUGGGUUAACUGUUUUGAUAUGACUGGGUUGGGCAGGGUCCCCGUUGAUUGCUAUAAAAGUGGAUACGGAAACGUGCUGGAAAAACAGUAUGCUGCCGAAACAGCUCAGCUUAAUCCACCACAUAAAUUUGUUCCAUGGGUGCUUGUUAACGGUCAACCUCUAGAGGAGGACUUCAAGAAUUUUGUUAGGUACGUCUGCAAGGCAUACCAGGGCAAGCAAGUCCCAGAGGCUUGCCACCAAUCACUUCCGCUGAUGAACAAUUCUUUGAAAAAGGCGUCCUUGCUGAAUGCUGAUACACCAUUUUCAAUCACAUUGUUGCUGAUUUUUGGGAUUCACUUUUGGCUUCUCUCUGCUUUAAUUGAACAAUAGCGAUUGAUCUUGCUAAAACGGUACAGUGUACUGUAGAACUAUUGAUUAGA